UCCUUCAGUACAACAUCUCCACAUUUCUUGGACCUCCACCCCUUGGGAAACCUCACUACCCUCCCUGUGAAUACAUUUUUCCUGAUAUCCAAUCUGACCCUCCUCCAUGCACCCCAUCCCACCACUCUCAUGGUGGCAGGCAGGAGAGUGGGACAGGUGGCACUUGUCCUUGGAAAAUGUCACUCAGGUCCCCAGCCAUCACUAUGUCCUCCCUGGGCACGGGUCACCCCAUGCCCAGCAGGAUGUGCUCCAUCUUCAUGGCGAUGGGGUGGGAGCUAACGAAACUUCGUCUUUGCACAUUGUGGUGGGAGGAGAUCCAUAUUCCUUGAUGCACAAAGGGAAAAUGCACACCAUGAGCACCUUCAGUCCCCCGUGGAGCACUUCUGGCACUCCUGUGCGCAGCUCUGCUUUGGUCCUUCCCAGCCUUCGGGUGCAGCCCUGCUGUGUCUGUACUCACACCCUGGGCUGCCCGAUACUGUCAUGUGCCCAGGGGACUGUGAGCUCUCGGAGUGUGGGAGGGGAUGUGCUGGUGGUGCUGGGCCAAUGGCAGGGUGCUGGUCCCCACGGCUGUGCCUCGCUGGUCCCAUCUGCUGUGAUUCAGAGCCAAGUUCUGCUUCUGUAAGAGCUGGCCUCACUUCUCUUUUGUACACCAAGCCAGGGUGCAAAGACCACCCCAGAGAGUUGGGUGGAAGACAGCAGGACUCAGGGCUUGUCUGCAUGGCCCAGGGAGUGCUCUACACUGACCUGAGGUUUGCCAAAGGGCCAAGGGGCCGUGGCACAGCCAGCCAGCCACUGGAAGCAGCCCUUGGUAUGGAUGAGGCUGAGAGUCCCCAUGAGAACAUCACACCAGAGCUGAUGCCUGUGAGGACAGCAGGGGAAGGGGCCUGGCACAGUCCAGGGUGCUGUUCCAGCCGGCGCUGUGUCCCUGUGGGGUUGGUGGCUGUCAGUCUACUGCUGCUGGUGGCCGCCAUGGUGCUAGGGGCCUGCUACUGGCAGGUGACUCGCCAGCUACAGGACACAUCCCUGGAGCAGGUGGCCGAGCGCGGCCGCUUCUCACAGGAGGUGCGGAUGCGAGACCAGAGCCUGGAGCAGAUGCGACAGGAGCUGGCACAAGUGCGAGAGGAGCUGCAGCAAGCAUGGCAACAGGGCAACAAUAGCCAGCAGGAGCUGGGCAGGUGGGAGGCCGAGCUGGCGCAUGUCUCAGGGGCCCUGGCUGCAACCCAGAAGGAGCUGAACAGCGUGCAGGGAAGGCUGAAUGCUAGUGAGAGCACCGUGACCCUGCUGCGCUCCUGCACGGCUAUAGACUGCUGCCCCUCAGGCUGGCUGCUGUACCGGGGAAAGUGCCUCUUCAUCUCAACGGACAAGAAGACGUGGGAUGACAGCAGGGCAGAGUGUGAGGAGCAGUACUCUCAGCUCCUGAUCACCAAAUCCUGGAGUCGCUGGACUGUGCCGAGCUUCCUGAAGAAUGCAGACAUCGCGUACUGGAUCGGGCUGCAGAAGAGCAGGUACCCCUGGUACGAAUAUGACUGGCUGGAGGAAGAGCCAGAUGGUGAAGGGCUGACAGACGCCUGGUUCUGGGUGGACGGCUCGCUUUAUGAGAGACCUUGGCAGCCGAAGUCCAACGGGUCAUGUGCCGUCAUCAGCCGUGGGAACAUCAAACCGGCGCAGUGUGAGGGGCCAGACGACCUGCACCUCUGGAUCUGCGAGAAGGCAGCAGGGCCCAGCUCCCCGUUCAUGUGACGAGAGCAGUGACACGGCCGGCUCACCCCAUGCGCCCGCAUCCUCUCUGCUUCAGCUUUCACGCAGCACAUGAGCCCAAGGAUGGAGCUACCGCCGGAGUUGGCACCGAUUAGAGUAGGGCAGUGACCUUCAGGAUGGCACCGUGUGGCCAUGCACUUCCAAAGCAGCAUCCUGCGCCAGACAUUUUGCAAGACAAAUCAUUGGGAAUUUAAAUAGCUGCCACGCACGUGCAGAAUAGCCCCGGUUUAUGUUCAGCCUGGCGAGAGCAGAGGAAGUUGUGUUCUAUUACGGGGUUGCGCGUUCCAUAUUUAGUUGAUUAAUUGGUAUGUAAAUCUUUUUGCUUGAAGAGCACAAGGCUGUUAAAAGCAUUUUAGAGGUGCACGUGUUGCUCCACGUUGUCCGCUGGCUGACCCCAUAUUGUAGCAAAUAAACAGACAAAGCUUG